GACACCGCCAAACAACCAGCCGCCAGCCAGCCGACCAGCCUAACGCGGCACCCGACGCGCGAGUACUGUUCAGUUCCGCCGCGACCGGUGCUCUCGUCCGACACGCGUGCGCUCAUACGAUUCCCGUCCUCGCAUCGACAAAAACGUGCGCUCAAGGUAGACGUCAGAACGGUUUAUUUUUCCCUCGCAUCGCGUACGUGUACUACUGUUUCGUCCGAAGGAGUUUUUUUUUUUUUAGUUUUUUUUUUUUUUUAUACAUUUCUCUUACGCAAUAUUUUACCGGCCGCCGGAUCCUCCGUCGGCGUCGCGUUAGCAGCGGGGUGUUCCGUCCGUUUUCACCGGUCUCUUGUCGCGCGGGAUCCCCCGGCACCUGAGCACACCCCGCGCGCUUGACCGUCGUGCAACCAUGCAACCGAGCAACGGGACCAAAGACGCGCCGGCCGCGGAGAAGACUUGCGGCGCGACCGGCGGUUCCGGCAACCAGCAGUUCUGCCUGCGGUGGAAUAACUACCAGAGCAAUCUGACCAACGUGUUCGACCAACUGCUGCAGAACGGCACGUUCGUGGACGUGACCAUUGCGUGCGACGGGCACACGCUCAAGGCGCACAAGAUCGUGCUGUCCGCGUGCAGCCCGUACUUCCAGAGCAUGUUGGCCGAGAACAAGUGCAAGCACCCGAUCGUCAUACUGAAAGACGUGCAGUGGCCGGAGCUCCGGGCCGUCGUCGACUUCAUGUACAAGGGCGAGAUCAACGUGUACCAGGAGCAGAUCGGGCCGUUGUUGCGCGUCGCCGAAACGCUGAAAGUCCGCGGUCUGGCCGACGUUAGCAACGAGCAGCUCACCGGCGGCGGCGGCGGAUGCGAACCGCAAACCGCGGCCACCGUGGUGACUCCCACGACUAUGGCUCCGGAAUCGCCCAAACAGCCGGCCCGCAAGCGGCACAGGCUGUCGCCGCCGGCGGCCAGCCCCGAGUCGAUAGUCACCGAGAUGGGAUCCGCGGCCGCGGACACGCCGCUCAACUUGCACCACAUGCCACCGCCACCGGCUCCCCACCAGCAGCAAGCGCAACCGCCGUCGUCGCACGUGCACCAGCAGCACCAACAGCAACAGCAGCAACACCAACAGCACCAGCAGCAGCAGCAACAGCAGCAGCAGCAGCAGCAGCAGCAGCAGCAGCAGCAGUCGCAACAACCACCGCCCACGCAAACGAUGCCACCGUCCGCGUCGUCCGCCUCGUCGUCUUCGUCGUCGUCGUCGUCGUCGAUACCGCCACCGAGCAGCGUGGCCGACGACCUGGAGAUAAAGCCCGGCAUCGCCGAGAUGAUACGCGAGGAAGAACGAGCCAAAAUGUUUGAAAGUUCUCAAGCCUGGCUUGCCUCCACGUCCUCGCCAAUGACUUCCGACAGUUACCAGUACCAGUUGCAGUCCAUGUGGCAGAAGUGCUGGAACACCAACCAGAGCCUGGUGCACAACCUGCGGUUCAGGGAACGCGGCCCGCUCAAGUCGUGGAGACCCGAGACCAUGGCCGAGGCCAUACUGUCCGUGCUCAAGGAGGGCCUGUCGCUGUCCCAAGCCGCCCGCAAGUACGACAUACCGUACCCGACGUUCGUGCUGUACGCCAACCGAGUGCACAACCUACUCGGGCCUUCCGCGGACGGCGGCGCAGACUUGAGGCCUAAAGGCAGGGGACGUCCUCAACGGAUAUUAUUAGGAUUCUGGCCAGAAGAUCACAUUCAGAACGUUAUCAGAACUGUCGUAUUCAGAGACGCGCAAAAUAUCAAAGAAGAAGCAUUACACCUAUACCCAAGAAUACCGUGUUUGUCCGACUCCAUGUCCGGCGGUCACUAUGGAAACAAUGCGGUUCAGUCGGUGGAAGGCCCCGUGUCACCAAACUCGGCCGCCGCAGCCGUGGCCGCCGUCGCGCAGGGUAUACGGCAGCAAAUGAUGGCCGCUGCCGGACAUAACAUCUCUCCUUCGUCGGGCGUCGACGCGUUCGCGCUGCUCGCCUCUUCUCACCUACCCAGUCCGGCCGACAUGUCGCCGAAUUCGUCGCCACCAGAUUCGCCGCUAGUGUCCAACAACAAUGUUGAGGUCAGCCUGAGUGGUUACAAAAGAUCUAUCGAUCACUCCAACCAAGAUAACGUGUUCGUCGAAGACAUCGAUGAGCUGGUGAAAAACAGCCAUUGUACCGGAGGCUCGUCAAUGGGCAACACCAUCGAUCAGCAGCCGUUGCCGUUAGUCAUUGAGCAACGGACCGAAUGAACAUCUACACACAGACUGAGAUAAACUAGCGAACAAAUCCCAUAAUACCCACUACUGUAUUUAAAAGACUUUGCAAUCGUAUGUGCAAGUCGGUUGGUGAUUAAAUAAAACAACAACAACAACAAACUAUAUAUUGUAAACAUAAAGCAUAGACUUAUACUAUAUUUGAUGCAGUCCUAGUAUUUAUUUUUAAUAGUAAUGUGUAUAUAUUAUUGCACUGUGUAAUCGUUAAAAUACUCACUAUUACGUCAUUUUUAUUUCUCAUAAGUAAAAAUAUAUGUUUACUGUACAUAUAUAUUUUGAAAUAUUGAUGGUUUUAAAACAAAAUUUACAGUUAAUAAGAUAAUAUUAAUAUGUAAUAUACAUUUUUCUAAAUAAUAUUUAAAACACAGAUAAUUUACCAAGUCGAAAUAAUUUCGAUUCUACAAAUGACAUUACGCGUAUCACGUGAAUCAACAAGUAGUUUUUUUUAUUACAUAUUUGUAUAUUAUACGUACAUUGAUGAUUAUGUAUAUACAUAUAUAUGAAUAAAUGUUAGACACCUGGAAUUUAUAUAUAUAUAUAUAUAUAUAUAUUUAUAUAAUGUAAGUGUGAAUAUAUUGUUUGAUAUGUGUCAAUACUAUGUCUGAUGGACAAUAAAAUGUGUUAUUAUUUAACAGUAGGUUGUAAAAAAAAAAAAAAAAUUAAAAAAAAAUA